AAGGCUUCAAAUAUUUACAGGAUACUUUGGUGGCUUAUCAUUAAUGAAUCAUUCUGAGAAUUUUGGAGUUGCUUUAUAAAUGAGCAGAAUAUAUAAAUGCUGUAGUUAUAUACACUGUAACCCUGCCCUCCAGGAUCAGGGACUUCCUGUCCAGGUGGUUAACAUUGGUACCGCCUGCUCCUCCACCCUGACCCGAGGCUAAGUCUUCGUGUCUACGCCCUGCACACUCAUGAUCGCACACCUCCCUUCCCCUCCAGUAAACGUGGUGACGACAGAACGGCCGUUGGCCUGAUCAGUGGAGGAGAUUGCGUACGGGGAAGAGGUUAAACACUGUCGAGAUGUCGUGCUGACUACAACCUUCUGCUCAACACCAUCAAAACUGAGGAGACCGUAACUGACGUCAUAGGGAGACACAUUCCCCUAACUGUGUUCGGCGAGCGUCCUCCUUGAGACUCCUGGGGGAUCUUAGAGAACGUGCUCACCUUCUGCAUCGUGGCCUGAUAUGCCAGUUGCUCAGUGUCAGACACUAAAAACCUGCAGAGGGUCAUUAACACAGCACAAAAGAUCUUCGGCUAUCUCUGGAGGACAUGGUCAGCGCUUGGUGUCUCGUUGCCCCUGCGUGACCUCGUGCCCUCUGGGAUCAGGUGCAGGUGUCUGAAAGGCAGGACAGCGAGGCCAUCAGAGCGCUGAGCCCGCUGAAUGGACCUAGUGAUGAAUGCACGAGUGUGUAUGGUAGUGUGCUGAGAUGAAAGCCUAGCAACAACACAGUAAGAGUUAUGUUGUCUCUACCCUGUAGUGCAUUUUGUGCAUCAGACGAUAGUUUCAAUAAUAUACAAGUGGAACAUUUCUAAAUAACAACUUGAUGUACUUCAGUAUUUCCAGUACUUUGAUCAUUUCUUUCUUUAUUUAGUGCCACUCGAACAUUUUCACUGCACUGUCUCCCUCAGGAAGAUUUCUUUGCAGAUUUUUCCAUAAGAAUCAUGGAACAAGCUGAUUGGUUAUAAAUGCAAACAGUCAUUAAAACUCAGAGCUGAACUGAAAUGAAUGUAUUGCAUCUGAUAGCUGAAAAUGAAUCUUAUGAAUGUAAAAUAUGAAUAAACAAGUGAAGAUUUUUCUUCCUCCCUUUGAGCUCAUCAUCCAGGCUUGUCUCAGCCCGUGCAGCUGCAACACCGCCCAGUUCAGCCUCUUCAUUCCUCCGUCUCAGCUCCCUGUCUCUUUACAACAAUUUUUCAUUGCAGUAAUUUAUGCGUCCUUCACUGAUCCAUCACAAACAACAAAAGCACUUUGUGGACGGGGCGCUCCGAUUUCUCCUCUUUGCUGCUGCAGAAAGCUGCUCGACUGGAAUCUUCACAUUCCCAGUGCCUCUUCUCUGGAGCUUGUUUUUCUUUCUGUUUGCUGGGGAAGCGACGAGCCACCUGUCACCAUUAUAGAUCCACUCUGGACAAAGCCAGCCCUUAAAACGACACUUACUCGAGGAAGAUGAGGAGCUUUUUGAUCCUCGUGUUCGUUUCCCAGCAUACCUUGGCUGCAAAAGUGGAAGUGUACGAGGGAGUGGAGUCUGUGCUUCUGCCCUGCCGGGUAGGUUUUUUACUAGAGGACACCACAGUGACAUGGACCCGCCCUGACCUCGAUCCCAGCGCCAUCCACAGGCGGCACGAAGACCGAGACGAGCCGGAUGGUCAGAACAUGCGUUACCGUGGGCGCACGGCAAUGAGGGCGAACGAGGCGGACCCCAAAGACCUGAGCCUCACUCUGAGCAAACCCGAGCUGUCUGACACCGGAAGUUACGACUGCAUCAUCAGCAAGCAGAAAGACGUGCUAAAGCUGACCGACGUAGAGCUCCAGGUCAAAGUCGGCAUGUUGGAGGUGGAGGUGACAGAAGGGUCCGAGUCCAUCCAACUGCCCUGCCAAACGACAUCUCCGCUGCCUGCCGACACCACCGUGGAGUGGAGCCGCUCCGAGCCCAUCCCCAUGAUUGUCCACGUGUUCCCAAACAGCAGCGCAGAGCUGCCGAAGAAACAGGACGAAUUCUUCUGCGGACGCACGCGCAUGCGUGAGGACUCGCUGAAAAUGGGAGACCUGAGUCUGACCCUGAAGUACCCCUCAGAGCGAGACAACGGUCACUACGUCUGCACCAUCAACACGGGCACGGACAUGCUGAGGCAGAAAGUAGCCCUGCAGCACGUCAAAAAACCGCUUCCCACCUGGGCCACGGCUUUCCUGAGCGUCAUGGCCAUCAGUCUGGUUGCUGGCGGAGGUUUUGUAGCAUAUUUCUGGUAUUAUUUUAAGAUGGUCUCCACCACGGAGGUGGAUGAAGGGGGGGAGUCUGUUCACCUGCAAUUUAAAACCACACCUAACCUGCCAGUCGGUGCUACGGUGGUGUGGAGGCGCUCCAGGCUUGGCUUCAAACUGAUCACAGUUCAUGAGUACUCAAACAGCGAAAGCAAACCAGGUGCGAAAUACAUGGACCGUACAGAGAUGGUCGAGGACCCGCUGACAUCAGGAGAUCUCAGUCUGACCCUGAGGCGACCGCGAAGACGAGACAGCGGGAUCUACCUCUGCACCCUCUGCAGGGGCAAAGUCGUGCUGGAUGAGAAACGACUGAGGCUGGAAGUCAGAGUCCCUCAGGUGAAGGUGUCAGAGGGGGUCGAUGCUGUGCUGCCCUGGAAAACCUGGAUUCCUCCACCAGAAAAAGCCACUGUGGAGUGGAGCCGUCAUGAGCCGUGGCCCAUGAUUGUCCAUGUCUAUCAAAGCGGCUCGAACUGUCUGGAGAAGCAGACCUGGUUGUACCGUGGCCGCACAAAGAUGGAGGAUGAAGAUCCUCGUAAGAACAGAAACCUCAGUCUGGUCCUGCACCAGCCCACGGUGCUCGACAGUGGCGAGUAUACGUGCACCAUCAAAGAGGAAGAACGAGUCGUGAGGACGAAGUGUCUGAGGCUCCACGUCAGAGAUUUCAAUCACAUCUCUGAUGAUGAAGAAAAUGGAGAAAAGACUCCUUUGAUCAGAUAUCGUGGGCCCCAGUCUGUCUGAUCUCUGGCUCCCCCUCAGGUCCUCUCGGUGAACUCCGCUCAGUAUCAAGCAGUAAAGAAAGAUUUUAAAAGUCCAAACAAAGGAAAGGAGGAAAUAAGACGGCGGUAUUCAAAGGUUUUUAAACAUCAUCCGUUUUUAAAGUAUUUCAGAUGACAGAACAUGUACUGUUUGUUUCUCAGGAUCCACAUGAUAAAAAGUGUUUAGCUGACAUUAACACUGUGGCAGGCGUUGGUUUGUGGCACGUCUGCGGGGGAGACCGACGCACCGCACUCCAUCAUGUAUACGAAGAAUGAACUGGGUCCUGAGUUGUUGUUGUUCUGUACGUGUUGCUAAAAGCUGCAGCCCAGGGGUGUUGUAGCAGCAACCGGGAAAUAAAGUGUAUCAAGUGUGAAAUAUGUGGUUGGGUCUGUGCUUACCGCCACAAACAACUGUAGGACAUCGGACCCAGUUAGGGAGAUCGUCCACUUCCACAGACUGUGACAAUCUCCCUAACUUCUGAAUGUGGGACUGAGAAGGAGCACCCAGGUGCAGACACGCCAGGAGACGGAGCUGAGUUUACACAAAAGGCGAAGCGUUUAUGAGGCUGAAGACAAAAACAAAGCAGGGGGAGAGAACUACAACUAAAAGCUCAACUGUGACGACUACGACAAAGUGACACGAACAUGAUUCUGAACAGGUGCACGCGAGGAAACAUGAACACACCCUGAACAGAAUCAUGAAAACUGACAACCUGACAGACUGAACGAAAACGCACAGGCUAAAUACACACAGGAAGUGAUCAGGUGAAGGGGAAAUUGCUGACAGGAAUAAACAUAAUGACGCCACAGGGGAAGUAAAACUUAACCCGUUAAACAUGGAAACACCAGACUCUUCAAAAUAAAACAGGAAACAGCAGGUCAAACUAGAUCAUUAGAACACACACAAUUAGACACAAACACACGUACAACUGAAAGUAAAACACUGAGGACAAGAGAGAGCACAGGACAGGAAAAGACUCAUAACUAAGGAGACGAAGAAGAACAUAUACUAGACUAGAACUGAAGACAAACAAAUGAUAAUAUGUUGCACACUUGGAUUAAGACGAGUUUAAACUAUAGCUUUGUGAGUUUCCCUUUACUGUAAAUGCAAAUGUAUAGACAUAGCACAUCGUUACACAUUCGUACAGUCUCACACAGCUCUUAUCAGGUGCACUGCAUUAUGGUUAGUGGCCAGGCUCAUUUACUCCCACUAGAGCUGCUCAUUUCAGGGAACACGCCCUCUUGUGGUGUAACAGAGGAGUAACUACGCUUAGAGGAACUGUCUUAUUGGAGAUUGGGGCACACAUUAUUUUACAACAGCCAAAGAAAGUAAUAUUAAGGUUCUAAUAUUGAGGAAGGAGAGUACAAACCACCAGGUCCAGAAGAUCUUGGUCAAACAAUUGAUUUUAAUGAAUACACGCGUGGGAAGACCAGUGCCUGUUCGCAGACAGGAACUGAUCUCCGACUUAAUCAAAGCAUAAACAGAUAUUUAUACCAUCAGGGCUUGAAUUAAUGACGCCCCUUCAUACGUCACCGAUACAUUUCAUACCUAGGUCAGAUCAAAACCACAAUGACUUUUAACACAGUUUAAAAGAACAUUAUCUCUGUCUCGUCUGGAACACGAGCCCCACAUCCUGCAAGACGCUGUUCCUCUUUGCAGAGACAAACAUGACUAACCUCUCACCUAUAAAUGAGUCUAACUAAUGUGUGUGUUUGUGUAUGUGUUGACCUUACAUGCUCUCUCAAUUCACCCGUUGCACUUCUGACCUUUUACCAGAACAGAGGCUCAUCCUUAUGUGUAAUAACCUAACUGAAACUAUAUGUACUAUGUUGAAUAAAUGUUUUAAUCGAGAACCUCUACUAAGAGCUUAAUAAAUGAAUAUAAAAGUAUAAAAGACAA